CAAUAAAUAAAGGCACCAGAGACAGAAGAAACGCUUAAAACGCCAUCCCCUCCCUCUCUCUGUCUCUCUCUUUCUGAAACAGAUAAUUCAGACGCAGCCAGAGAGGUUUAACUCUAAUGUCCACCCACCAUCCCUGAACGGAACCCCCUCUGUCUCUCAUCUCUCUCUCUCUUCCCCCCCCCCCCCAAGCGAGGAAGGCCCAUUCUCAUCUGUCAUUUCCUCUGUGUUUGGUUCGAAAACCGGUUUCAGAUAUUGCGAGAGCAAGAAGAAGCUCACUUAGCUUCUUGUGGGUUGUCCUCUCUGGGUUUUUCCUGUCCUUUUUUACUCAGAUCUAUUACUCCCUCUUCGCCUUUUCGCUCAUUCCUUCAAUUUUGGGGGCUUCAACCAUGAGUAAAGAAGAGUUCUUGAAGAUACAGAAAUCUGUUCUUAAAGUGAAUAUACACUGCGAUGGAUGUAAGCACAAAGUGAAGAAAAUCUUGCAGAAAAUCGACGGGGUGUUUACGACGGAGAUAGAUGCGGAACAGGGGAAGGUGACGGUGUCUGGGAAUGUGGACCCCAACGUUCUCAUCAAGAAGCUAGCGAAAUCAGGGAAGCAUGCAGAGCUCUGGGGUGCUCCCAAAUCAAACAACAAUAACAACCAGAACCAGAAUCACCUCCCUAAGCAGUCAAAGAACAUGCAAAUCGACAAUGGCAAGGGCGGUGGGAAUAACAAGGGCCAGAAAGGUGGUAACAACCAGCCCAAGGGCGGUGGCGGGGGCGGGGGAGGUGGAGGUGGAGGCCAGCAAGGAGGACUGAAUCCUCAACAGCUCCAACAGCUCCAACAGCUCCAGCAGAUGCAGCAGCUUCGAAAUCUUCAAGAUCUGAAAUUUCCUCAAUUCAAACUACCUCCAGGCCUGAACCCAAACCAGAACCAAAAACAUGUCAAGUUCGACUUGCCGGAGGAUGACGACGAUUACAGCGACGGCGAGCUGGAUGAUGAGUUCGAUGACGAUGAUUUCGAUGACGAGUUUGACGAUGACGAACUGGAGGGACUCCCACUGCCCCUGAACAAGAUGAAACCUGGUAUGGGGAACGGCGCUCCCAUGAUGCUCAACGGCAUGAAUAUGAUGAAUCCUCAGAAGGGUGGGAAUGCCAUGAAUAUGAUGAAUCUUCAGAACGGUGGGAAUGCCGGACCAGGUAAUGGGAAAAAAGGGGGUGGCGGAGGAGGGGGAGGGGCGGUCCCUAUUCAAGUUCACGGUAUGGGCGGCGGAAAUGACGGUAAAAACGGGAACGGAGGAAAGAAGGGCGGGGGAGGAAACAAUCAGAACCAAGGCGGAGGCAAUAAGAACAAUAAUGGGAAAAAUGGGAACAAUGGUGGCGGUGGCGGUGGCGGUGGAGGAAACAAUAACAAGAAUGGUAACAACGGACGUAAGAAGGGUGGUGAAGGUGGUGGUAAGAAUGGCAUGAUGGAAGGCGUUCAGGCGAUGAACAAUGGUUUCCCGCAAAUGGGCGGUGUUGGUGGGGAUGGUAACAGGGGCAUGCCCAUGGGUGCCGUGGGCAGGAUGCCGAUGGGUCAGACGGGCAGCGUCCCCGCCGUCCAAGGCCUCCCGGCAGCCUCUGUGAGCGGCGGCGCCGGCGGAUACUUCCCCGGCGGUGGUCCGGAUGUUAUGGCCGGAAACCCUUACACCCAGCAGCAGCAGCAGCAGCAGCAACAGUAUCUGGCGGCAAUAAUGAACCAGCAGAGGGCGAUGGGGAACGAGAGAUUCCAACCAAUGAUGUACGCGCGGCCCCCACCGGCGGUGAACUACAUGUACCCUCCUCCUCCUCCUCCCCAGGGACCAUACCCUUAUCCCCCUCCAUCUGAUCCCUAUUCCCACUAUUUCAGCGACGAGAACACUUCGAGCUGCGGUGUGAUGUAAGACAGUGACUGCGGAGGAAGGAGAUGGAAGGGUGAAGACAGGAAUAUUAUACAAGUUGAGAUUCAGUUUUCUUAAUCUUUGGUCUGUAAUCUUUUUUUUUUAAAUCUUUUAUUAACUUAUGGUAAGUUAAAUGGAUUAGGAGGUUGGAAUUAGCAUAAGGAUGAGUAGUCUAUAAAAAGAUGAGAUACAAGUUUUGGGGGGAAUGAAUGGUGAUUAGUGGAGAGAGCGAGCGGUGGUGAGGUCAGGUGUCCCUCCUCUAUGGUGAUCAACAGCAGUAAUAAAUAUUUUUAAGAAGCAA